GUAUUAUCAAACUCAUUUCUCCUCUGGUGUCACAUUAUUUCCACACAACCACUGAAGAGCCAAAUAUGACUCCUUUGAAUCUGGAUUCUCUGCCAUUCCCACUUGGGAAGACGGACGAAGAUGCUCGUAGGGAUCCGAUACUUUGCACAACUUGCUUCAACAUCCACCCCUCGUCAGCCCGUACUGCUGUACUGAGCCCUCAAAUACGAAUGCAUGAGCGCAGCAACUGGGAUGGUGCCAUAAGGGCAGCUCAGCUUAUUGAUGGAGUUAAGGAGACGGAUCGGCUUGUUCUUGAAGCAACUCUACCCAAGUUGGUAUCGUGGAAUGUUGAAAUAAAUGUCGUUGAUAUGUCAAGGUCAUCAUCGGGCUGCGCAACUUGCUACCUGCUUAAAGAGGCCCUGAGAAAAGUAUACAAUGGGGUCUUGAAUCUCGAUGACUCAAGCUUAUUCCUUGACGUUGUGUUUUGCGAGAAGAUUGCCCUUCGCAUUGGAGUAAAGCGGGAACCUGAGGAUGAAGAGAGUGAAAUCCUUUUACUUUGGGAACAUAGAACUCUGGAACCAGUGGCUGGCUUGGAAACCUUUGAGCUCUACACUCUCCCUGGAUCCCCUUCUCCGUGGCCCACGGUGGGAUGUCUCAUGAAUCAAGAGUUUCCGCGCUCGUUUUUGGCUCCUUGGUUGGGCGGGCUUGCUGGACACGUCUCAUCGGACCCUGGCUCUGAUAAUUGCUUCAGUACCAUCAAGAAAUGGAUCAGGGAUUGCAAAAGGAACCAUCCCGUCUGUGCAGAAGCAGACAAAGCAAUGGCAACUCCCUUCUAUCCCAAGCGAAUAAUCAGCAUUGGGCCUGAUCUGAAUAAAGAGAUCCACCUCCUGGAGAGCAACAACCAGAUCCAAGGACCAUACAUCGCGCUUGGUCACUAUUGGGGGAAAAGCGGACGUUUGGCCUCAACAAAGGCCACAACAGAGCCACAAUCGAGCAGAGUUUCUUACGACGGGCUCCCGCAAAUCUUCCAAGAUGCGAUUGAAAUUAGCAGGAAGUUGAGUAUCCACUAUAUCUGGAUCGACGCGCUGUGCAUCGUUGAAGAUGGUGAAAUCGAUUGGGAGAUUCAAACCGCUGAGAUCGCCUCCAUUUAUAGCCAUGCCGAAAUGGUUAUUGCUGCAACCGGAUCAGUUGGUGAUGACGGAGGCUGUCUCUUUCAGAGAAAACAGUUCGCGACAAUUGCCGGGACUUAUCCAACUGGGAAACCAUUUGAGAUAUACGCACGCCAGUCAAACUCGCAUGACCAGUUCAAAUGGGGACCCUACGACAUCGAUGAUUUCACGGGCUCAUCUAAAGUCCCACACGACACCCACUACCCACGUUCUUGGUGCUUCCAAGAGAAACUUCUGAGUACUCGAAUCCUACACUUCACAAAAGACGAGGUUAUUUUUGAUUGCUUGGCUGGGAUCGACUGCGAGUGUGGAGUGCUUUUCCAAUACGAAGAUAACCCCUUGCUUCCACAUCGUCGCAUUCUCAAAACCGGUCACAAGCAUGUGGCCGGCCGCACGAGUUAUCGGCCCUCUGAAGAUUCCGAGUUUUACAAAGGAGUCACGUUUAACGAAGACGACGAUGAAUUCGCGAAUCAUCACGAGCGUUGGCGAGAUCUGAUUGUCCAAUACUCUAUGGACAUUGAAAACGAACUCGACCGUCUUCCUGCGAUAGGCGGUUUGGCGUCUAGAUGGGCAGAUGGGCAAACUGGGAGAUACUUUGCUGGACUCUGGGAAACGGAUUUGUUGAAUCACCUCCGGUGGUACCCGGAGAAAGACGAAACCAACGAGACCCAAAAUAUCGACAGUGAGCUCGGAUACAUCGCACCGAACCUCAGCCCGUUUGGAGCGGUUACGUCUGGCCAUAUCUUUCUCACUGGCACAAUUCUAAAGAAAGAUGGCCAUGAUAAGACCGUGGCGUUUAGGCGGCCAGACAAUGGGUCUAUUCUUCGGAAGCUCGAGUCUGGGGACUUCUUUUGUCUUCGGUAUUGCACCAAAACCUGGACGCAGAACGCAUAUGACGAUGAUUGCGCAUUGGUAUUGAAAGAAGUCCAAGAGAGUGACUUUGUGUACAAACGGGUCGGAUUUAUUUUGAAUUAUCCUUCAAAAGCCUGGGAUCACAACCGAGAUUCAGUCAUGGUCAAUAUGUACAUAGUUUAA